CUGAGCACACAGAGUAUAGAUACUGUGUCUCUACAACCAGGAAAUCAUUCAGGAGCCGUUUCUUCCUUUAUAAUCACAGUUAGCGCGUUUAUAAAAAUGGCACUGCCGAGAGUUUUCUUUGACAUCACUAUUGGAGGCGCUCCAGCUGGCAGGAUUGUAAUGGAGCUCCGGGCUGAUGUGGUCCCAAAGACUGCAGAAAACUUCCGUGCUCUGUGCACCGGAGAGAAAGGUUUUGGCUACAAGGGCUCCAGCUUUCACCGCGUCAUCACUGAAUUCAUGUGCCAGGGUGGAGACUUUACAAAGGGUAAUGGAACUGGAGGCAAAUCCAUCUAUGGAGAGAAGUUUGCUGAUGAGAACUUCCAGCUGAAGCACACAGGAGCUGGCAUACUGUCCAUGGCUAAUGCUGGGAAGAACACCAACGGAUCCCAGUUCUUCCUCUGCACGGUUAAAACUGAUUGGCUCGACGGGAAGCAUGUGGUGUUUGGCAAAGUUGUGGAGGGCAUGGAUGUCGUCAAAAAAGUAGAGGCAGUGGGCUCACGUGACGGGAAGACUUCGAAGAAGGUCGUCAUCGCCGACUGUGGUCAGCUAUAAUACUGUGAAGAAGCUUCUUCAGUUCAGCCU